CUUUGAAGAGGACGCACGCCUAAAAUAAACACGAACAUUGUAGAUACGUCAAGUUGAAGAAGCCACGGGUCACAAUGAAAACUGUGAUGUUUUUGACACUCCUGGAAUUAUUCCUACAUGACACGACGGCAGGUGCCUGACAGCUGAUUGAUGAUCAGCCUGCACCGUCAUCAUAAACUGAUGUCUCAUCAUAAACUGACGUCGCUUCACGUGACGCUGCAGAGUGCUUCACACUUUAAAGGCUUUCUACACUGCAUCGUCUGAAGUCCCAGACUUCCCAGAGUUUGUGGCUGUUGCGGUGGUGGAUGGUAUUCAGGUUGAAUACUACGACAGUAACAUCAAGAGAGUAACAACCAAGCAGGACUGGAUGAACAAAAUGACAGAGGUCAAAGAUGACUUUUGGGAAUGGCAGACUGAGGCCGCUAUGUAUCACCAGAAGUGGCUCAAAGCCAACACUGAAGUUGCAAAGCAGCGCUUCAACCAAACUGGAGGUGUUCAUGUUUACCAGUUGAUGCAUGGCUGUGAGUGGGAUGAUGAGACUAAUGAGGUUAAUGGAUAUCGUCAGUAUGGCUAUGAUGGAGAAGACUUCCUUGUUCUGGACAUGAAGGCGAUGACAUAUGUCGCUCCCAAACCUCAGGCUGUCUUCACUAAAAACCAGCUGAAUAGUGACAAAGCACGGUUAGAGUAUCAAAAGUACUACCUUACCCAUGAGUGCGUUGACUGGCUAAGGACGUUUGUAAACUAUGGAAAGAGCUCUCUGAUGAGAACAGACCUCCCCACAGUGUCUCUCCUUCAGAUGUCUCCCUCCUCUCGGAUCACCUGCCAUGCUACAGGUUUCUACCCCAACAGAGCCGUGAUGUUCUGGAGGAAAGAUGGAGAGGAGCUUCAGGAGGACGUGGACCACGGAGAGAUCCUCCCCAACCCCGACGGAUCCUUCCAGAUGAGUGCUGACCUGGAACUUCCCUCUGGAGACUGGGAGAAGUACGAUUGUGUGUUUCAGCUGGCUGGUGUGAAGGAGGACAUCAUCACCAGACUGGAGAAAAGAGAGAUCAAAACCAACCACGUGGAUCACACAAACACUAUCAUUGGCAAUGUCAGUGGAGUCCUUGUUGUUCUCGCUCUCAUCAUCGCUGGUGGUGGAUACUUGAUUCGCAAACGGAGAACAGCCAAACGCCCUCCAUCUCCCGUCAGCGACUCUGGUGUGGAACAAAGCAUGCUUCCCAAUCCAUCAUCCUAAAAGACAAAGACACCAGCCUGAACUCAGUUUAUGGAGACAUUUUGCACUAAAUUAAUGAGCAAAGCUUAAAAACUCAUCUGGUGCUUUAUUUGCUCUUCAUCAUUUAAGACAUAAACUGAUCAGUAAAGGAUUUGAUUUUAGAUUCUUAUUGAUUGAAAUACAAAGAAACAAGUUGACACAUUUGUUGACACAUUGAUUACAAAUCAUUUCAAAUAUGAAGGUUGACAUUCAUUGGUUUUGAUUAAGAAUAGGUUUCUCUGGAAAAAAAAAACCAUUGAAAAAAUGUAACAUUAUUUACCUUGAGAGAUAAAAAAGAAUCAUCUGUGACCACAUAGCACCGCUCCUCAUAUGUGCAACAGAAACUUCAGUCUUCAUUCAAAACAAAUCCACCAUAGUGUCUGUUUAAUAUUUCUGGAGCUUUGUGCUAAAAUAAAUGUUUGUUUAAAGAUGUUAAUAUACAUACAUAACCUCACAUCACAGACAUACCUUCACAUUUUCUGAUCUUUACUCAUGCCAUCCUGUUGUGACACAAAACCUUUAUUGAGUUACUGUUAAAAACUCAAAGGGUUUUUUAAGGAAAAUAUAAAACCUUUAACUUUAAAGAAAAUUUUAAAAUGAAAUAAACAAAAAUUCUGACUGAUUGCAAUUAAUAAAGUUGACUAGACAAGAUCAGAAACGUGAAGCAUUUCACUUUUUAUUAAUUUCACACCUCCACCAGAAUGUUAGGCUUGCAGUGUGUGAAGUUAAAUGAAAGGUUGGUUACAACAAAAAGAAAGAUUUGGUUUAACUCUUUAUGAUUCAAAAUAAACUAAAUUUCCAAUCUAACAAAAACAACUUAGUCCUUAUCCGUUCACUUUGGUUUGUCUUUUAAAUCCUUUUAAGUCCAUUAAUCCACACAACUGCAACUGCUAUAGAGUUCAUAAUCAACUCUUCUCCAAAGGAAAAACACAAUAAUUCCUCUAGAGACGAAAAGAAAGAAAAACAUUGAUACCAUAAAAGUGUACAAAAAAGAGUCUAUCUCAUUCAGAUCCAAGAGAACCAUAGUCCACUGGAAAGUUUUCCUCCCUCAUCCGUGUGAUGGGAGUCCAGCCAAGGACUCCUUAAAAUUUUCACUUGUAAAAAGAUUAUCAGUUUAAUUUCAGUCUUCAAACAUUUCUCACUGCAGCUCUAAUACUGCGGUACGCCUGAUCGUUUAUGUUCUCCCAGUCAUUGGGCUUCUCCAUCUCUUCCUCCACAACACAUUCUCCUUUUAUAAUCUCGUCCUUACCAGUGUUAUUUUACCUUUACGUCAAUAUAACAGCAAGUAACCACAUAAAAGGAAGACACGGGGCCUCAUUCAUUUUCAAUAAAAUGUUUUUCAAUGAUGCACUUUUAAUGAGAUACCUAUUAUAUAAUUUAUACUUGAGGUUUCAUUAUCACACUGUUUUAUUAUAAUAUGAACAUCAAGAGUACAGAUUGUUGUCAAGCAGCAUAUUUGAGUUUUUGAUGUGGAGAAAGCCGUUCUUUGGUUCUCUGCUUGUUUGACCAAAUGGAGCAACACAACAGACCAACGUCACCAACAUGAAUUGUGACUUUAGCACUCUAAAUUGUGUGUUUAGAGCCCCAAAGGUGCCAAGUGUGAGUGAAGAUGGUGGUCUUCUCCACUGAUAAAUUGUACUUUAUUGAUCUUGAUGUGAAAUUGUUUUGACUUGAAGUUACUGAGUUUUUGAAGGACUUUGUUGUACACAGGUUUUAACCUGAUGACUAUUUCAUCUCUAAAGUGAACUAUAAUUAAUGACAUCUCAAGAUAUGCUGCAUUUCAUAUGAAUUUACAAAUUUGCAUAAAUAGAUAGAAAUAUGAUGGAAAACUAUUUUUAGGUUUUUAUAACAAAAAACGGAUUAUUAUUUAUACAGAUUAAUAAAUAAAAAAUCUAUUUUCAUAUGGCGCAUAGAUUUAGUUGCAUAUCUUGAUUGAGAUAUAUUGUGAAUAAUUUAUUGUGUGAUUAAUUAAUUAAUUAAUUUACUUAUUUAUAAUUUCUACAUGGAAGCAUAAUAAUGAUCUUUGAAAAUCGUGAAUGGGUGGGAAUAAGUAAGUUUAUACUUUUUAAUUUUAUUUAUUUUAUUUUGUCUCCGUGAUUUUGUCCCUCAGAGGGAUAAAUUGAACACGUGUUGAAGCAUUUUUUUUUUUAAUCCACUUACACUCUGAAGGGUUGUGUGAUGAUUAAUUUUUUUAAUUUCUGCAAAUAUUUUUUGAAUUAUUUAGGAAGAUUUUUGUGUUUUAUCUUAGGUUUCAAAUUGAUCAAAAUGAAAUAUGCUGAAAAUUAUUAAUGGAUUCCAGAUGAAGUUUCCUUGCUUUUUUUUUUCCAUUCUAAUUUUGUGUUUAUUAAAGCCCCUU